ACUGUAGGAUGAAUGGUUUAACCAACCAAACACACAAUAAGUCAAAAAUGCAAGUACUUCUCCGUAUUAAUUAAGUAGUAAUUAAUUAUCAAAGAAAAAAGAGGUUAGAUCAACGAAAUACAUCGAGAAGCAUGGUUGAAUGUAACUGACUUUCGGGGGGAGUAAACAGAAGAAGCGAAGAAGAAGAAUCAAAGGGAAUGGUUGGAGUAAAAAGAAGAUCAAUUUUAGUGGGUUUGGCUUUUCUAAUGUUUUUGGGUAUUGCUGUAUAUUUCAGGCUUUGGGCUAUGGAUUACAACAUUUCUAUUGAUGAUACUGAGCUCAUAAGGCGACAAUUUGAUAUUGCUAAUAGGGAGGCCAUGGAUGAAUCUGCUGAGUGGAGGCUAAAGUACGAUACAGAGGUAGAUAGGGUGAAUAAGUGCAUCAAGGAACUUCAAGUGGAGUCCUCUCGGAGAGCCAAUGAUGCUUCUGGUAAUAACCAUAAAUUGGCAAUAUUACAAAAGGAGAAUGCAAUCUUACUUGAAAAGGUGGAAACAUUAAAACGAGAGCUUGAAGAGGAAAAACAGAAGUGCAAUUCACAACACAUGAACUAAUCAUGAAAUAAUUGGCGCGGAUUCGGAUUGGAUUACUUGUCACUCUGUUCUCAAGUGUUCCAUUUUUAAGCUCAGAUGUUUGAAAGAUAUUUGUGUUAUACCAGUUUUCAACCAUGGAAGAAUUUUGACUGGAUGGUUUGUGGUCUCAAAUUUUCACCUUAAUGACAUUGGCAUCCAGGGAAAUACAUGAGUUAGAUUUACCAUCCGUUUUUUUAAUUCCAGGGAUGUCUAUUAGUUUACAUUGUUUACCUUCUUUAAAAGAACAAUUGUCCUCCAGGGAUUGUAUUGUAGGCUUCUAUCUUGUUAAUGCAGCUUAUCUCUGGUAAUAUAUAUUCAGUUUUUUAAGACACUGUUAUGAUGCCAUAUAAUGAAACCUGGAGCAUGCAACAUGUUUAGUAUUUCGA